AUGGUGGCGAAUGUCCUGCAGCUCUACCGAGAGGGCUGCCAGGAUGCGCAGCUGAAGCUCUCCCUGGUGCAGAGCGUCACUGAGAUCAGCCUUGCCAUCCAGGCUGCAGGCGCCGGCCCCAGGUUUGAGCUCUGCUGCAAGCGGGAGCUGCUGCAGACCCUGCUGGAGGUGAUUCAGGAAGAGCCCCAGGAGUCCCCGGUGCACCCCCGGGCCCUCGUGGCCAUGCAGCAGUUGAGCAAGCUGAAGCCCCGUCUGAGCAGGGAGGAAAACCGCCACCUCCUGGCUCAGUGCUGCCAGGGCAUCGUGUGCCUUCGUCGCCCGGAGCAGAUGGACAGGAGAGGGCAGACGGCGGUGGCUGCUUCAUGCCCACCGGGUGUGCAGGCGCCGUCCCUGCGAGCGCUGGGCCAGCUCAUGGGAGCCCUUCUCUGGGCAGAGCUGGCCCCCAUCCGCUUCGAGGACAUGGUGCAGGUCCUGCGGCGCUGGCUCACCUCGGCCCACGCAUGCGAGCGGGAGAGGGCCCUGCAGGUGUGCGUGCAGGUGCUGGGCUCUUAUGAAGAGAGAUGCGAGCACAGGCGAGGCCGUGCCUGCGAGUGGUUCGGCUCCCUGGCGGGACUGCUGGGGCCUCUGACGUGCGACACGUCGGCCGCGUCCCGCUGGUGGGCAGUGACCUGCCUCGGCCACCUGCUCCGAACAGGAGCCGAGAACACAGACGUGGCGCCCUGGACCAACGAGAUCGGGCGCCUGCGUGAGAGGCUCAGUGCCAUCACCUCUGAGUCUCUGCUGGCCACCUCCACCAACAUUGCGAAGGUAACUGGCCCCUGGAGUGCAGAGACGUGA